AUGGGCCGCGGCGCGGGGCGCGCCGAGCUGGGCAUGGCCGUGCCGCCCGGCCGCUGCCCCGACUGCCCGGCGGCGGAGGCGCUGCGCGGCGGCGGCGGCGGCGGGGCCCCCGCCGUGCUCCACCUCGGCAUUGCGGUGGACGAGGGCGACGUGCUGCCCGGGGCGCUGCGGCUCAUGCGGGAGCUGAGACCCGCCUGGGAGACGGCGCGGGUGAAGACCAAGCUUUUCACCGAUGGCAUCACCAACAAGCUGGUGGCCUGCUACACGGACGAGGGCAUGGCAGACGCGGUGCUGGUGCGCGUCUAUGGCAGGAAGACGGAGCUUUUCGUGGACCGGGAGACGGAGCUGAAAAACUUCCAGGUGCUGCAAGCCCACGGCUGUGCCCCCGACCUCUACUGCGCCUUCCAGAACGGCCUGUGCUACGAGUUCAUGCCGGGCAUCGCCCUGGGACCGGACCACGUGCGGGACCCCUGCAUAUUCAGGCUGGUGGCCCAGGAGAUGGCCCGGGUGCACGCCAUCCAUGCCAACGGCAGCAUCCCCAAGCCCAUCCUGUGGCAGAAACUGCACAAAUACCUCGCCCUCGUGAAGAUGGAUCUCAGCCCAAAGGUAUCCAACCCCAGCCUCCACCUGGACAUGCCCAGCCUGGAAGUACUUGAGCAUGAGCUGGCCUGGAUGAAGGAAACUCUCUCCCAGCUGGGGUCCCCCGUGGUGCUUUGCCACAACGACCUGCUCUGCAAGAACAUCAUCUACAAUGGCACUGAAGAGCACGUGCGGUUCAUAGACUACGAGUACACCGGCUACAACUACCAGGCUUUUGACAUCGGGAAUCACUUCAACGAAUUUGCAGGCGUGAAGGAGGUGGACUACCGCCUCUACCCCAGCAAGGAGAUCCAGCUGCAGUGGCUGCGCUCCUACCUGCAGGCCUACAAGCAGCUGACCCAGGAGGACCAAGGAGGCAGAGGAGCAGUUGUGUCUGAGAAGGAGCUGGAGGCUCUCUACGUGCAAGUGAACAAGUUUGCUUUAGCAUCCCAUUUCCUCUGGGCAUGCUGGGGCCUGAUCCAAGAUAAAUACUCUACCAUAGACUUUAACUUCUUAAGAUAUGCAAAGCUAAGAUUUAAACAGUACUUCAAGAUGAAGCCGGUAGUCACAGCCCUACAGAUUUCCAAAUAGCAUCUCCGGCCCGUGAGACCCUGAGCUAUUUUGUCCUUGCUGCGUCCACAGCCCUCGCCUCCCCCUUGCCCUUCCCCGCCCCAGCCGGGGCUGAGGGCAGAUCCCGAUGGUGGGAAGGGGGAAGAGGAUCUCUGACCCAGCCACCGAUUAAAGGAGACCCUGGACAUACCUGAGAUUGGACCAUGAGACGCUAAGGAGGACCACAGCCUCAGCGAGGCCCCUGCCUACGCCAGGAAGCCUUACCAUCGCCUUAAGGCCGAGCCCGGGUGCCUGGCGGGUCCACGCGGCGCUGGCACUACCGCUGCUCGCCUGGCACCCGGUUUGCUCCCUCGGUGCCGUCCCCGAGGGGGGACGCGGAUGCCCCCCGCCGCCGCUCGGCAGCCCUGACCGCCGUGGCCAGCGCUGCCCGGUUGCUUUAGCUGCCUGACGCACACGCUGUGCCCAUCUCGCCUUCACAGCCCCCUUCGCUCGGCCCCGGGACCCUCCUGGGCUCUCAGCCCUUCCCGGGGUCCGUCUCGCUUCAGGCCGUCGUGGGGCCCUCUCGAAAGCGGGGCUGGUGCCACUGCAGCCCGCCUCGCGAAGGGCUGUGUCCCGGCGAGGCAGCAGUGGCCGUGCCGCUUGCCGAGGGCCGGGGCCGGCGAGCGUCUGCUGGCAGGUGCUGGGCGCCUGCUCCCGCUGCAAUACACUCAUCCCGUGGCGCUGUCUGUUUUUCUCUGAGGCCGUAGUCUCUUUUCGCCGCUACCCCUCUCUCCGGUCUUGGCUUUGCUCGCAGCAUCCUGCAUCAUCCAACGCAGGGGCAGCAGCCGGCCCCCAGCCCCGACGCCGGGGUCUCGGCCCCUGCCCAGCCUCCCCUUUCGCCCCCAAAUAGAGAGAGUCCUGCCCCCCUCCGGGCCGUCUUUCCUCUGCUCAGUGCUGUGCCUGCAGGAUCGGCAGGGCUCGAGGGCACCGGGCUGGGUGCGAGCCCAGCUCUUCCCUUCGAUCCUUGCCCUGGGGCUGCAGCAGAGCCCAGGAAACUCUCGUGCCUCUUUUGGACGGGAGUUAAAGGGGACGAAGCCACCCUGCCCUGUGAAGUGGGCGCAGCUUUGCCCCUGGCUGCCGGGCGGCAGCUCUUCCCCAGCGCCGCAGGCUCGGCGGGGCUGGACCGGGCGUCGCUGAGCACUGCCCAGCUCAUGACAGCUGUUGCGGGUCGGGUUGGUGGGUGAGACCAGCUGAAGCCUUGGGGAGCAGAGCCUUGCUCUGCCGCCUGCCCCGGCUGCAGUGGGGCUGGGGACCAGGCCACGUCCCCUCUCCCAGGGGGCAGAAACCCACCCCAGCAAGCGACGGCCCUUCUGUUGCACCUGGUGUUUGGGUGCAAAAUAAAAGCUGCUGGUAGCUGGAUGUUAGGGGACAGCGAGUCCGUGGCCAGUGUUGCAGGAGUUUGCAGGCGAAGGGACGGCCGCGGGGGGCACCCGGCCCCUCUCCCUCGCGCGGGUCGGCUGCGGGGGAGGCUGGAGCAGGAGCAGAGGGGCUGGCGGAUGCCUCUCCCCAGGACGCAGCUCCUCGCACCGCGGGCUGCCCGUGUCCCCUCGCACACCUCCGAGCCCCUGACCUGCGCGUGAGCGAUGCGGGGGUGGCGGCGUGGGCUGGGGACGGCGCGCAGCGCUCGCCUGCCUCUUCCCCCCCCCCCCAGCAGAGCAGGCAACAGCAACCGGCCGGGAAAAGGGGGAAUUUAGCCAAGCCAGCGGGAUCCGGCCCCCUGCGUGGCUACAUUGGAGGGAGGCAGAGCCUUUAGGAGGGGGCCGUGCUGGAAGGAGGGCAGGGAAGGGGGGGGGACAGCAGCCCGCGUCCGCGCCCUGCACGCCUGGCGCCGCAGCCCAGGCACCCGCCGCCGGAGGAGCCCGCGGCCGAGGCUGGCGGAGGCGAGCGCGGGUCUCUGCUCCAAAAAGUCGUUUUAUUGCGCCAAGGGGGCGGGAGGGGAGACAGUUGUAAACAAGUAUGUGAAAUAUACAGGUUAAGUUACUCCUCGUCUUAUUAACAAAAU